AUGGGCUUGGUGCAGAGUGUCGGAUAUCAGCAAGCUUUAGAACACGGCUUGAUCGAUCCACUCGUUUGGUUGGAUCUUAUAUGGCUUGGAGGUAUCAUUCCUUCUAUUUUCGAAGACGCUAUGGCCUGUAUAAGAACUAAUUGA